AAAUUAAGAAAAUUUAGUACUUUGGGAAAAUUCGCAAGAGUUUGUUGGAACGCGUUUCUAAAUCCGUGGUUAUCAAACAGUAAUCAAAACCAGUGUUUGAUUUUAAAUAUUUAGAGUGAAAUUUUCAAGCGUUUCAAAGUGUUGUCCUGCGUUUUGACCAGAAUUUAUAUACGGCAAGUCAUUUGUUACUACGGUAUUUUAAUUUUUGCUCAAUUUUCUGCAUCACUGCGGUCCUGAAAAUUGAGGUUAUACACCCGUAUAGUCGAGCGCAGUGUCUCAGCGAUAGCAAAUUUUUGCAGUGACUAAUAAAGGCAUUUUGUUCAUGAAAGAAAGCGUUUUUAUGAACUGUGUUGAAAUUUGAACUCAUUUUUACAAAAAAAGCCGAGUUGAAAACCAGUGUGAAGCAAAUCAUUGCUAAUGCAUAUAUUACAUACAGUACAAUUUAAGUCAAGCAAGUGUUUGUAAUUAAACAAGUGUAGCGUGCAAAAUUGUACGUUUAUAACAAUUGUAUUGACCUUAAAAUAAAAUAAAAUAAUAUUUGGUGCGUCUUCGACAUCAAAUUUUCAUAAAUUAAACGUCCAUUCUGGUUAGACGGACGCAAAUGUGUAUGGCUAUUGUGCUGGCUAGACCUGUUCCUACAUCUAUGGAGUUUCACCUAGACAGUGCAGAAUACUGCCAGGCACAGCACAAAUAAAAAGGGAACAAAUUUACGGAACAGCGAAAGAAACGUAAAAAGGACGAGAGUUGGAUCUUCUUGGCAGCGUGUCCAGUUGGGAGACAGUUAGACCGGAGAAAGCAGGGAUAGCGCGGGACGAGAAAGCAAAAGAGUUAUUGCGUAGAGAAAAACUAAGGAAUUUUGAAACAAAAAUCAAAACUUCUAACGACUUUCUAAUUGGAUUUUAAAGAAAGUGUUGCAAGGAGAGUUCGAAAUAGAGAUAGAAGGAUAACUACAAAAAGCGCGCAUAUCAAAAGAAUUGGUAUAUUUAUAUUUGAUUCUAGCUACAAAAACAAAACAAAAAACACAUAAGCAACGGGAAGUAAGGAAGGCUUAACCAGCUACGAAUUAUUGCAAAAUUAAAUUUUUCAAAAAAGUUAAAGAGGAAUUAAAAAAACAAACAACAGGGAUUUCAAGCAGUAGAAAAGCAAAAGCAGGUUUUGUGCAAACAGAGCAAAACAAAAAUCAAAGCAAAAGCUGCAGAAAAUACUAUUUUUGAAAAACUUUUUUCUAAUUACUUUUUUGUGAUAAUUUUUAAGAUAAAAAACGCAAAAAAUAUAACUACAACUAACAAAACUUAUUAACUUUCAACGGCAAAAUAGAAAAUAUUGUACUUAAUUUUAAAUUUAUGCGCUAAUUACAAAACGAUUUCCGUAUAUAAGCUUCAAUUUGCACAUUAAAAAGUCUUAAAUUAUAUUUAUACAAAAUAUUUACACAACAACAAGGAAAUUAACAUAAAAGUGCUGAAAAGCUAAAGUGUUAAUAACACAACUUCCCAUAUUUGAAAGUGAAAGAGCAAAAACAAAACAAAAAACGAGGCAAAAUUAAAACUCAAAUUCAAUUUCGAGACUAAAGUACUGCAGUUUCAAACAACAAAAAAUAAAUCUGUAAAAUUUCAAAGCAGCAGCAGGCGAUCAAAUUCUAAAGCGAAAUCACUUAUAAAGCAGCAAAGUAAAGAACGAGAAGCAUACACAAAACAACCAAACACCUCAGCGUUUUAAAGCAAAAGACACACCACACAGCCGAAGAGCAGAACAAAGCACAGUGUGCGGCGCGGCGCGGAGCAGAGCGUAGAACGCGCGUCACUAACGUACUUCUUCUUCUAGUAUAUUCAAUUGGUUUCUAAAAACCGAAAUCUCAACUGUCCUGUGCGCAACUAUCUUCAACAAAACAAAACAAAAAAAAGCACACACACAUACACAUAAUUGUAUAUUUUUUAAAUAAAUAAAUUUUGUUCUUAAACAAACGUAAGCUAAUGAGCAACAUGCGUCAAAAGGAUUUGCGCCCAGCACCUGCUCUUAUUGAGUUUAAGGGCAUGAAGUUCCUAAUCACCGAUCGGCCAUCAGAUGUAACCAUCCAUCAUUAUAUAACGGAGCUUAAGAAGAACAACGUUAGCACAGUGGUGCGCGUAUGUGAGCCCAGUUAUAAUACCGAUGAGCUAGAGGCUCAGGGCAUCACAGUUAAGGAUUUGGCAUUCGAGGAUGGCACUUUUCCGCCACCACAAGUUGUUGAUGAAUGGUUCGAGAUAUUGAAGCAAAAGUUUAGCAAUAACCACACAACAGCCCCCUCUUCAAGUACUACUCCUUCGACGCUUAGAUCCGCAUCGGUUUCAUUUUAUAGGAAUAAAAGGUUUUCACUUAAAAACAAACAUAGGAAUGAUUAUGAGAAUUUAGAUAAUUGUAAUGCCAUGAACCACAACGCCAACGAUGAUGAUGAUAUUGAUAUGGCAACAGGCGAUACAAAUGCCAAUAAUGCUAAUAAUGAUGAAUGUGAUAAUAAUGAUAAUGAAAAUACCACUUGUAGGUAUCAACAAAAUCCGGAAGCUUGCGUUGCUGUACACUGUGUUGCUGGUUUGGGACGCGCCCCUGUUUUGGUCGCAUUGGCGUUGAUUGAAUUGGGACUCAAGUAUGAGGCAGCUGUAGAGAUGAUAAGAGAUAAACGACGAGGCGCCAUUAAUGCCAAACAAUUGUCAUUCUUGGAACGGUAUAAGCCCAAGGCUAGGCUAAAGCACAAAAAUGGCCACAAGAAUUCAUGUUGCGUGCAAUAGAUUUUCCAAAACCAUAUAAAUUCCCACCAGAUGAAAAGUGUUCAUUUUUAAAGAAGAAAAUAAAAACAAAAACAAAUGUUAAAACCAACAAAUGUGAAAAUAUACUACAUAAAGGAAAGUAACAGCAGCAAAACAGCAACAACAACAAACCGCAUCAACAGCAACCAACAGAAACAGUAACAGCAACAACGCAAUAUAGCAACAAAUCAGCAAUAAAUAAAAUCCAUUUAAAAUGGCAGUAAGCAGCAAAUUUUUGUAUGUAUGUAUGUAUGUAUGUAUGUGCACCAGAAAGCAAACAAGCAGGCAAGCAACAAUAGCAGCAACGACGAUGAUGAGGAAAACAAACAAACAGAAAAACAAUGCGCUGCAAGGCUCCACUUGGCAGGACUAGGGGGGGAUUACCAGCACGUGCAGGGAGCGCAAACACACAACCAGUUACAAAACAAUCAAGCACGAAAAAAAUAUGAAUUCUGCGCCGCAAAAGCAGCAGCACAGGCAAUCAACAAAAAAAUAAAGAAUACCAGCUUUGAAUUUGCAGCAUACCAACAGGCGUGCAAGCACCGCCAAAGCAAAUGAAGCGCGCACAGUUAACUUGUGCCGCCUAUUACAAUUUCCCUCUUCACCAUCUACAACGCUGUAAUUGGAUUGACUAAACUUUUCGCUUGGUGCUUGGCGCUUUUCGUUUCUUCUUCUCUUUCUCCAUCAGCUACAACUCGCUGUAAGGAGCAUGUCCGCGAGUGAAUCGCGUGCGUACAUGCACAUAUCCAGUCAGUUAGUCAGUCAGCUAAACACCAAACACUUUUCUACAUCAACUUUCACAACAACAACAACAACAACAACAACGGAGCAGAAAUAACAACUGCAACAAGUCAAAUAUACUGACAA